AUGGGCUAUUAUUCCAAAGCAAUCGAUCGAUUUGAUUCUGCAAUCGAGGUCUUCAAGAAGACCUCCCAGAUAGACUGCGCCGACGCACUUGCAGUCAUGGACCAUCUCGUCUGGAUCUACCGCAAGAGAAAUGAGCGCGGAGACGACCAAAAGGUCAAGGCUGUGCAGAAAAUGGCCGAGAUUGCGGUGUCCAGAAGCAGCUACGAUACCACAGAGGCCAGUCUCGUGGGCCUCGCAUCAUUCCACGACACAAACGCCCUCGAGAUCUUGCUCGACACGCCAGGGCGUCACAUCGAAAUUACCGAGAACGUCCUCGCAGCGGCAGCGUCCAACAACGAAUGCGGCGGUUACAUGAUGGACCUUCUCCUUGAUCGCAGAGAUGAAAUCGUCAUCACCGAGAACGUGCUCAAAGCGGCUGUGGGGAACCCAGGGACGGGCUCAUUCGUGCUUAAACUCCUUUUCGAGCGCAAGGCGGACCAUAUAACUGUUACGGAGGAUCUUGUCUGGGCAGCAGCAAGGCAGGAUGUCUGGACAGCCACAACGGAGGAGGAGGAGUUGAAUGAUGUGCUGGACAUGUUGAGAGUUCUCUUCUCAUGGAAGGGGUGCAAUCCCGCUCUGGGCCGGGAGGGUGCGGCGGAAAUCUUUGCGCUGGAACGUUACCUACAUGGAAGCCCUGCUUUGGAUGGCAUCUAUGCAUUUCUGCUUGGAAGGCAGAGUGGGCCCAUCACCAUCACCGAAGAUAUUGUUGAAGUAAUUGUGAUUAGAUGUAGGGAAGAGUGCGAUCUUACCGAUAGGGUUCUCGUUAUCUGGAGGAUAUCUGGAAAUCAGAUCCUGAGCUUCUUUACUGAGCAAAACUUCGUCUAG